CUACUAAGCCAUGAACGCGCCCCCUGUCUGUGGAAGGUGAGCGAGUGUCUAGUGGAGAGGACGCGAGAUCGAUCUGAUUAAACUCGAUUUGAGUGAAAUUAACACAAAGGAGACAGCCUGUGUUGGAAAGGACGGCACUCACGACGGGAACUAUACUUCGGGGAUCUGUUCACACAACAGGAUUUUCUUGGACAUACUAAAGGAGUUAAUUUGCGAAAACCCUAAACUGACCCAUAAGGGUAACGUCCUGUGCCCUGACUUUAUCUUCCACUUCACUGAGUGAAUUAAGGAAAUAUGGAGUGACAUGUUGCAGAUUGGUUAGCGGAUUAGCGGCUUUGAGGACACCCACCUCUUCUGCGUGAGCACACCACGUCAUCCCUCACGUCCCUCCUCCCGUCUCUGAGGCUUGGCUCCGGUGCCGUGCUGCUAGGGGGGACCUGGCCCCACCAUGACAGACCCCAGUAUGAUGAGCCUGUUUGGGGACGACGGGAAUCUGUUCUCAGACGAGCUGGAGGGUCUGGGGGACUGUGGCUACCCGCCGCAGGCCCAACAAGCCAACCCUAUGGGCCCGGCCAUGGGUCACGAUCAUCAGCAGGCUUAUGGGCCACUCGCCUCCAACAUCCACAUGCCCUCGCAGGCCGUUCCUGGCCAACCUAAGCUGGGACCCCCUCCUCCAGGCCACCACUACGAGCAUUUCAGCCAAUAUGAGCAGCAGCAACAACAGAGCGCCCGCAUGCUAGCCAACGGCCCCGUCAACGGCAUGGCCUCCCCUCAGCAGUCCCGCUACCACGCCGCUGGCACAGGAGGACCGGCACCACCCGGGCACCAUGGCUAUCCUGGCCCACAGGGUGACGCCCGCGCCCAGGCUUUUAGUGACGGGGGUGGUGGCGCUGCCUGGGGUCCCCCGCCGCAAGUGGUGCAGGUGCCCGAGCAACAGGGCCGCCCCCCAUUCCAGUCGCAGCAGCAGCAGCAGCAGCAACCAACCCAGACUCAACACGGAGCCUCGGGCCCCCAAGGCCACGGGGGUCAUCAGAUGGGCCCCUACAUGGGUCACAGUGACUACACAAUGCCUGCACCACAUGGCCAAACGCAGACUCCUCCUCCCCGGAUGAACCACUUUCCCCAGAGCCUGCCGCAGGAGCCCAGUCAUUUCAUGGGCCACGUUGGCCUCCAACCCCCCCCUGGGGCCCCUCCCAUGAGGCACCCCGCACAGCAGCCUCAGAGGCACCCACAGGCCCCCCAGCAGUUCCUCCACCGACCCAACCAGGCUGGGCAUCGGCCUGACACUGUACCCAGCGCUCAUAACGCCCAGUACCCACCCAGUCCCUCGAGACAGCAGCAGCCCCCACAGCAGCAGCAGCAGGUGAUCGCUGGAAGAGCCCUCCCCAGCAUGGGCUACAACAUGCACACCCAGCCUGUGACUCCAAACACUGGAACCAGCUCAGGACAGUACCCUCCCUACCCUCCGUACGGCAACCUUAAUCAGGGAUUAGCCAACCCUUCAGGGAUGAGUCCUAGCAUGAGCCUUAACACCAGCAGCAGCAGCUACACCAGCCAGGGUGGCCCCCCACCCCAGCAGCCCAGAUACCCGCCUACUGGCGGGCCCCCCCAGGGACCAAUGCACCAGCACCAGCAGCAGCAGCAGCAGCAGCCUGCGCUCCACCAGAUGAACCAAAUGAACGCUCAGGCUAUGCACCCGGGCCAGAACUCUACUGCUGCCCAGCAGAAGCAGCAGCAGCAGCAGCAGCAUCUGCCUCCACCUCAGGGAUCGUACGGGUCGCCCCCCUCCAUGUCACCCAUGAGGAACUUGAGCACUCCUGCUGGCACCCCCCCUCCCCCUCAGCACAGUCGCCCUCCCAGUGCAGGCCUGGUCCCAGACAUGGUUGCUGCCGCCGGCGGUUACCCUGGUGUUGUUCCUCAGAGUGCUGCAGGCAACAUGCCUCUGCCCCAGAGGGUCCAGCAGAUGCCCCACGCCCACCCCCACCCCCACCCCCAGCAGCAGCAGCUCCCCGCACAGGUGUUCAACUCUCUGUCGCCCAACCACAGAGCCCAGGGCCGAACCCCCAACCCUAGCCACGAGCUGCCUCCACAGCAGGGCCCACCCGACCAGAGACUGCACCCUCAGCAGCCCCAGCGAGCGGGGCCACAGCUGCAGUCACCUUCGAUGCCUUUCCAGCAGAUGCAGCAGCAGGUGUGCCCCCCUUCUGCUGCCCUGCCCCUGCCCCUGCCCCUGCCCCCGCCCCAACAGACACACCUGGCUGCCAUCCAUCAGAAGUCUCCUCCUUCACAGCAGCCUUGGGCGCCACCACACCAGUCAACUCCACCCAGCCAGAAAGUGCCUCUUAUGCAGCAUUCCCCAUCAGAGCCUCCAGUGGAGGUGACCACACCCAGCGGGCCCCCCACCUCGGCCUGCGGCCCCAGCGGCCCCAGCCCUCAACCAGCCAACUGUGACCAGCAGCAGAUGGAGGGCAACCAGAAGCCAAAAAAGAAAAAGAAGAAGAAAGCCAAGGUGAGCGAGGUGGAGGACGGUGUGCAGGCAGACCCCGAGGCUGUGGUGGUGACCCCCCCUGCACAGAAGAAGAGCAAGAAGAAACCAAAGGAGAAGGAGCCCAAGACUCCCAAGACCCCCAAAACACCCAAAGAGAAGAGGCCCAAGGGCACCAGCACCCCGAAAGCCAAGAGCUCCAAGAAGCCCAGCACGAAGAAGUCUGAUUCUGACAGUGGUUUGGGCAGCAAGAAGGAGGCCAAGCGGAAGAGGGAGCCGUCCGUCACCUCCGACACGGAGAAGACACCACCUCCCUCUCCGGAGGAGGAGGAGGAGGAAGAUGAUGGCGUUCAGAAGAGACGGUCCAGCCGACAGGUGAAGAGGAAACGGUAUACAGAGGACCUGGAGUUCAAGAUCUCUGACGACGACGACGAUGGUGACAACUCCAACGGACCCAAGUCCCCUUCCAACGCCUCUGAACAGCAGGAGAUGCCCGAUGCAGAGGGGCCUGUUGUUGAGAAGAUCAUGGCGUUGCGUCUAGUCAAGAAAGAGUUGGAAUCCGGAGGUGAAGUCGAAGUGGAGGAGUUUUAUGUCAAAUUCAAGAGUUUCUCUUACCUGCACUGUCGUUGGUCCGAUGUGGAAGAACUUGAGAAAGACAAACGAAUCCACCAGAAGAUUAAGAGGUUUAAGGCCAAACAGGCCCUCUGUCCCUUCCUCACGGAGAUGGAUGAUGAACCUUUCAACCCAGACUAUGUGGAGGUGGACAGGGUUUUAGAUGUGUCUGAGUCCACUGACGAGAAUGGAGAGACGGUGACUCUCUACCUGGUGAAAUGGUGCUCCCUGGCCUAUGAGGACAGCACAUGGGAACUAAAGGCAGACAUUGACCAGAGCAAGAUUGAGGAUUAUGAACGAGUGAUGGCACGGGAGCCACAGCUCAAACGCGUGGAGCGACCUCCUACCAGCGACUGGCAGAAAUCCGAGAAUUCCAGGGACUAUAAAAACAGCAACUCGCUCAGGGAAUACCAGCUGGAGGGAGUGAACUGGCUGCUCUUCAACUGGUACAACACACGGAAUUGCAUACUUGCUGAUGAGAUGGGUCUGGGAAAGACCAUCCAGUCCAUCACAUUCCUCUACGAGAUCGUCCUGAAGGGAAUCCAAGGCCCGUUCCUGGUGAUCGCGCCCCUCUCAACCAUUCCAAACUGGGAGAGGGAGUUCCGUACGUGGACGGAGUUGAACGUGGUGGUUUACCACGGCAGCCAGGCCAGCCGGAGGACCAUCCAGACCUACGAGAUGAGCUACAGAGAUGCACAGGGCAAGGUGAUCAAGGGAGCCUACAAGUUCCAUGCCCUCAUCACCACGUUUGAGAUGAUCCUGACCGACUGCCCGGAGCUCCGCAGUGUGCCGUGGCGCUGUGUCGUCAUUGACGAGGCCCACCGCCUCAAGAACCGCAACUGCAAGCUGCUGGAGGGCUUGAAGAUGAUGGACAUGGAGCACAAAGUCCUGCUGACGGGGACCCCCUUGCAGAACACCGUGGAGGAACUCUUCAGUCUCCUCAACUUCCUGGAGCCGGAUCGCUUCCCCUCAGAGACCACCUUCAUGCAGGAGUUUGGGGACUUGAAGACUGAGGAACAGGUGACGAAUCUGCAGGCUAUCCUGAAGCCCAUGAUGCUUCGGCGUCUCAAGGAGGACGUGGAGAAGAACCUGGCUCCAAAGGAGGAGACCAUCAUUGAGGUGGAGCUGACCAAUGUGCAGAAGAAGUACUACCGUGCGAUCCUGGAGAAAAACUUUGCCUUCUUGUCAAAGGGCGGAGGAGAGGGUGGUGGGGGCGGAGGCUCCAGUGUACCCAACCUGCUGAACACAAUGAUGGAGCUGAGGAAGUGCUGCAACCAUCCCUACCUCGUCAAUGGUGCUGAGGAGAAGAUUCUGGAAGAAUUCAGAGAAAAUCACUCCGUGGAACACCCCGAGUUCCAACUCCAGGCCAUGAUCCAGGCAGCAGGAAAACUGGUGCUGAUCGACAAGCUGCUGCCCAAGCUGAAGGCCGGCGGUCACCGCGUGCUCGUCUUCUCUCAGAUGGUGCGCUGUCUGGACAUUUUAGAAGACUAUCUCAUCCAGAGAAGGUAUCCGUAUGAGCGGAUUGACGGACGGGUGCGGGGCAACCUUCGCCAGGCAGCUAUUGACCGCUUCUCCCGGCCCGACUCGGACCGCUUUGUGUUUCUGUUGUGCACCCGAGCUGGAGGCCUGGGCAUCAACCUGACUGCUGCAGACACCUGCAUUAUAUUUGACUCUGACUGGAACCCACAGAAUGACCUUCAAGCUCAAGCUAGAUGCCACAGAAUUGGACAGAGAAAAGCAGUGAAGAUCUACCGCCUCAUCACUAGGAACUCUUACGAGAGGGAGAUGUUUGAUAAAGCCAGCUUGAAGUUAGGCCUGGACAAGGCUGUGCUCCAGUCGAUGAGUGGCAGGGAGAAUGCUGCUAAUGGGGUUCAGCAACUCUCCAAGAAGGAAAUUGAAGACCUUCUACGUAAGGGAGCGUACGGGGCGCUCAUGGACGAGGAGGAUGAGGGGUCCAAAUUCUGUGAAGAAGACAUUGACCAAAUCUUACAGAGACGCACACAGACCAUUACCAUUGAAUCAGAGGGCAAAGGAUCCACCUUUGCCAAGGCCAGCUUCGUGUCCUCUGGAAACAGGACUGAUAUUUCUCUGGAGGACCCAGAUUUCUGGCAGAAAUGGGCAAAGAAGGCAGAGCUGGACCUGGACGAGAUUCAUGGAAGGAACACCUUGGUGAUCGACACCCCACGAGUGCGGAAGCAGACUCGCCACUACAGCUCCAUGAAAGAGGACGAGAUGAUGGAGUACUCGGACUUGGAGAGCGACUCCGAGGACAAGCCCGCGGCCAAACCCAGACGACCACAGGACCGGAACCAGGGGUAUUCACGGAGCGAGUGCUUUAGAGUGGAGAAGAACCUUCUUGUCUAUGGCUGGGGCCGCUGGGGAGAGAUUCUCUCUCAUGGCCGCUUCAAACGUCCUCUCCGGGAGCGCGACGUGGAGACCAUCUGCCGUGCACUGUUGGCCUACUGCCUGAUGCAUUACCGUGGCGAUGAGAACAUCAAGAGCUUCAUCUGGGAUCUCAUCACACCCACUGAAGAUGGUCAGAGUCGCACACUCUCCAAUCACUCUGGCCUGUCUGCUCCGGUGCCUCGAGGUCGAAAAGGAAAGAAGGGCAAGUGUCAGACCCCGCAGACUCACACACCUCAGGCCGAUUGGCUGGUGGACUGCAACCCUGACGUCCUGCUGCAGGAGGACAGCUACAAGAGACAUCUCAAACACCACUGCAACAAAGUCCUGCUGCGGGUGCGCAUGCUGUACUAUCUCCGACAGGAAGUCAUCGGAGACCAGGCCGACCGCAUCCUGGACGGAGCAGAUUCAAGUGAGCUGGACAUUUGGAUCCCACAGCCCUUCCACGCUGAAGUGCCCACUGAUUGGUGGAAGAGUGAGGCAGAUAAAUCCAUCCUCAUCGGUGUCUUCAAGCAUGGCUAUGAGAAGUACAACUCCAUGCGAGCCGACCCCAGUCUGUGCUUCCUAGAGCACGUUGGCAUGCCUGACGCCAAGGCUAUCGCAGCGGAGCAGAGGGGAGCCGACAUUAUGGCAGACGGGGUAGAAGGGGAGGAUGAAGACCCAGAGUACAAGCCGGUGCGAAUGGCAUUCAAGGACGAGAUGGAUGAUUUUACCAACUCACCGCUCGAUGAGAAAGAAGAAGUAAUGGAUGUUGAAAGUGAAGUGAAAGCAGGCGAGAACUGUAAAGGGGGAACUCUCUACUGGCCCCCGGCUUCAGCGCUGACUGCUCGACUCCGCCGGCUCAUCACUGCAUACCAGCGCACACACAAGAGGGAGCAGCUCCGGCAGGAGGCCCUCACCAAACCUGACCGCCGCAGACGCCGCUUCCGGGAAGACCUCCUGGCUGUGGCCAGUGAGGGAGGAGGAGCCUAUGCAGCUCCAGAGGUGGGCAGCUUUCUGGCAGAAGGCGGGCCGUUCAUGACCAAAGGAGCGCCCUUCAUCCCAGAGGGGGCGGCCAUCACGGGCGACGCUGGAGCUUACUUCAAGGAGAGACGGCAGAGAUGGACUCGUCGCGAGGAGGCUGAUUUCUACCGCGUGGUGUCCACGUUUGGUGUCGUCUACGACGUUCCUCAGCAGCGCUUUGACUGGAGUCAGUUCCGCGCCUUUGCCCGCCUCGAUAAGAAGACCGAUGAGAGUCUGGAGAAAUACUACUUCUCCUUUGUGGCCAUGUGCAAGCGUGUGUGUCGCAUGCAGGCCAAAACUGACACAGACCUGGCCGAUCCCACCCUGAUCAUCGACCCCAUCACAGAGGAGCGGGCCUCACGCACACUGUAUCGCAUCGAGCUGCUGCGACGCAUCCGUGAACAGGUCCUACCCCAUCCGCUGCUGGAGGAGAGGCUGCUCCUGUGCCAACCCAGCUCAGACCUGCCUGCCUGGUGGGAGACGGGUCGCCAUGACGAGGACCUGCUGCGUGGAGCGUCCAAGCAUGGCGUCAGCCGCACGGACUACCACAUUCUGAAUGACCCAGAGCUGAGCUUCGUGGAAGCGCACCGACGUUUCUCCCAGGGGAAGGCGCCAGGACCCCCUCUCAGUCCCCCAAACCAGGGCACCCCUUCCAGCCUGCCUAAGGAUGAGCAGCUGGAAGCAGCCAAGGACAACGAGGAGGUGGAGGCCAUUCCAGCCGCCGGCAAGACCGAGAAGAGUGAUUCUGAGCAAGAAGAUGUGAAGGAGGACGAGGAGAAAUCAAGUGCAGCCUCGCCGAAAGAAGUGGUGAAGGAGGAAGAUGAGGAGGAGGACGAGUUAAAGGAGCCGAAGGAAGAAAAAAUUGAAGAAAUGGCAGUUGAGAAGGCAGAGGAAGAGGAAGAUGAGAAGAGCGCCCCUGAGAAGGACGGUGAGGAAGAGAAGCCCCUCACAGAAGAGACUGCAGAUGAAGAGCUUGUGUCCGAAGAGAAGCCAAGCCCAGCGGCACCCAUGACUGAGGGGGAAGUCAAAUCUGAGAAGGUCUCGGAGGAGGAAGAGGAGGAGGAGGAGGAGAAAAUUGAUGAUGACAAAUCAGAGAAAUCAUCUCAGGCAGAAGUUGGGGUGACUUCUGACAGGAAGAACUUUGAUGAGGAGAGCAACGCCUCUCUGAGCACCGCUCGGGAUGAGACUCGAGAUGACUUCUGUACCGAUGAUGUGGAAGGAACACCCGCCCAGAUGAUCCCCGACCGCCCCCUUACCUUUGCUUUCUGGCCUAAGGAUCGUAUAAUGAUCAACCGUAUGGACAACAUCUGUGAAGCAGUCAUCAAGGGCAAAUGGCCCUCCAACAGAAGGCAGCUCUUUGAUUUCCCAGGCCUGUUGCCUGGUUACGGCUCCGUGGCAACGGACAGUCCUCUACAGAGGAGGAGCCUGGGGGAUCUGUCCCUGGGUGGUCAGACGAGCUUCAAUGGUAGUGAUGAGCUCACUAUGUCUCCAGCGGUCCACAAGGAUGACGCCCUGAGUCUGUCGGCACCGCGGCGUCGGCGUCGGCGCAGGAAGGUGGAGAUUGAAGCCGAGCGUGCUGCCAAACGACGGAAUCUGAUGGAGAUGGUGGCACAGCUGCGAGAGUCCCAUGCCACCGAUGACCAGGCCCACGCCAUGGACCUGACUAAAGCCCUGCACGGCCUACCAGCCUCCUCGUCUUCCUCAGUCUUCCCUGCUGGCCUGGCCUCCUCUUCCUCGGCUGCCCUGAAGGCCCAGAUGGAGCUGCUGCAGGCGGGCACGGCGGGGCGGGCACGUGCCAACGGUUCCCUGCUGGACACAGAACUGCCCACACGCCGCAGAAGGGGCCGCAGGAAAAAUGUGGAGGGCUUGGAGCUCCUCUUCAUGGGGAACAAGAGGGCUGCAGCGAGCACUAACGCCACUGAGCGGACCAAAGCAGCAGCGGUGGUGGAGGGUGGAGGUGGCGCCCCAGCGCGGGCCCACAGGCACCACCCGUCUGCGGGGACCAAGAGCUCUGGCUCCAGGCGGGAGCAGCAGGCCCAGGGCGGCGGCCCCAGCACCAAGGACCUGAGGGAAUGGCUCCGACAGCACCCCACCUACACCAUGGAUAUGCCUGGAUAUGCACCAAAGAGUGAAGAGCUGCUUCUGUCGCAGUUCCCUAAACCGAAGCAGAAGAGGCACCGCUGCCGGAACCCCAACAAGAUCGACAUCAACACACUAACGGGCGAGGAGAGGGUACCAGUCGUCAACAAGCGGAACGGACGCAAGAUGGGAGGCGCCAUGGCUCCCCCUAUGAAGGACUUGCCCCGAUGGCUCCUGGAGAACCCCGAGUUUGCCGUCGCUCCGGACUGGACAGACAUCGUCAAGCAGUCUGGCUUUCUUCCCGAGUCCAUGUUCGACCGCCUGCUCACUGGUCCGGUGGUUCGAGAAGAGGGCGUCCGCCGCAGAGGCAGACGACCCAAAUCAGAGAUCGCCAAGGCAACGGCAGCGGCCGCAGCUCAAGCAGCAGCAGUGGCGGCCGUCUCCACUGCCGGGGUCAACCCUCUUCUGAUGAACGGCCUGUUCGGGGGGAUGGACCUCACCAGCUUACAGGGCCUGCAGAACCUCCAGAACCUCCAACUGGCCGCAGGCUUAAUGGGCUUCCCUCCGGCGCUGACCGGGGCUGGAGACGGCAAGCACUCCGCCUCGGCCAUGUUGCCCCUCAUGCUGCCUGGGAUGGGCGGCCUGCCCAACAUGUUCAGCCUGAGCAGCUUGUUCGGCGCUGCCACCGCCGCUGCUGCAGCAUCUCCCUCCAAUGGGAACGAGCAGGGAGACGCAGACAAGGGUGACGGAGCCAAGGGGGGGGAGGAGGAGGACAAGACCAGCGCCGCCGGUGAGGCGGAGUCAACUGAACCUAAUGCAGAGGCAGCACUGAAUGCAGCCGCCGCCGCCGCCGCCGCAGGCAUGUCCACCAACCCGCUGGCCUUCAACCCCUUCCUGCUGUCCUCCAUGGCCCCCGGCCUCUUCUACCCCUCCAUGUUCCUCCCGCCGGGCCUGGGGGGGCUGGGCCUGCCUGGCUUCACCCCCACCUCACUGGCCGACCUGCAGAGCGCCAUGAACGGAGCCCUGGGAGCGCCCACCGAACUCAAGGAGUCCCCCAAGCGGCCCCAGCCAGAGCCAGACAAGAGCGCGGCUGCAGGGGCCGCGGGGGCCGCAGACACCACCAUUGAGAACAGUGACUCAGAGGAGAGUCAGAACAAGACUGCCGAGUCCUCCGCGCUGGACGAGGAUGGAGCCGGACCAGCGGAGGAACUGGAUUCCCUAGAGGAGGAGAAGAGGACGAUGACGACGAUGAUGACGACAACGAUGAUGAUGAUGAUGACGAUGAUGACGAUGAUGUUCCUGAAGAAGAUGAGGAUAAAAGUGACUAAAAACUGGCCUUGGACUUUUCCCCUGGGCUUGUUGACCAAUCAGACGCUAGAGAAUUUUGAUGAAUCGUUAGUCCAGGUGUUUACAUGCCAACUCAUUAUCCAAACAAUUAUGAAAUUUGGACGUUUUUUCCUGUUGUUGACUGGCGUGCUGAAAUGGAGGGGGAAGGGGCUAAAAAUGGCUAAGCUGUCUCUGUAACCAUUAGCAUAGCGAGGGAAAAGACAAACAAGUAGAGCUGUGCGGAUGUCAAAAGGGUGACUUGUUUUUGUUUUAGUUUAUUUUCGUUUAUUUGUUUUGAAGCACUGUGGUGCUUUCUAGAUGAAAUAUUAUAGGAAGUAAUUUUUCAAAUAGUGCUAUGCUGCUUUUUCUUUUUUUGUUCUUUGUUUUAUGUUUUUUUUUUUCUCUACUGUUGACAUUGUAACAAUAUGUAGUAUCUUGUUAAGAUUUGGUGGCAUCCAAUUAAAAACGGCAUUAAACAACUUCUGCUGCUGGAAAAAUAACUUUUUUCCGAUGUACUGUUGAGCUGUGAGGAGCUGUGGGGAUAUAGUUCUCACGUACGUAUCAUAGCCUACACUCUGACUGUUCUGAGUCUCUCACACUGACAAUCCCAACAGGGGUGAGGAGACCUCUCAACCUGUGGAGACAGCAAUAACCAAGGCAGCUUUUUGAAUGUUCAAUUUUACUCUCAAAUCAUCGGGAAAGUGUGGAGAAAUACAACAUUAACUAAAAUUUUGACUGCAGUCAGAUUGUCUCAUUGUGUCCAUGUUAAUGCACUGGUGUUGAGAAACAGAAAUGAAAUCAGGUACCUUUUAUCUAUGGAAUGGACUUUUGUUACUUUAGCCACAAAGCUGAACAGCAUUACCUCAAUUCUAACUAGCCUUGAAGUUUACAGACAUAAAUGUUGUAAAUGUAAUUUUCCUUUUCCUUUUUGUGUUUUUUGUGUUUUUGUUUGUUUUUGUUUUCAAACCAUCAUGUAUGAUGAUCUGUAAAUGGCUGCCAACUGUAGUUAUGAUGCUUUUAAUAAAAGUGACUCACGAUAUUCGCCUAGGAAACCAAAA